GUUUAUAGGAAUCCUUACUCGAAAUUCCCGACAUUUUUUUGGCUUCAUAGAUUUUCAGCUUAAGUGUGCGCAACCAUUCUCAACUACUAAAUAAACAUAAAAAAAACAUAAUGAAUCUGGUUCUUGUAAACUUAUCAAAUAAAAAGCCUUUUGUCUAUUUAAGAAAAUCUACUUUUUGCGAUAGCUUGUGUUAAUGAAAAGUGCUAAUGUAAAAAUUUAUGGUCAUUGUGAAAUUAAACUAAAAAGAUAUUUAGAUAGCUGUAAAGUAGAAAAAUAUAAAUGGAUCCCAAUAUGGCAAAAGCUCAUAACAUUCAAGAUGAGAUCAAUGAAACUAUGAACUCUUUAACUAACGAUGGUACUUAUACUAUAAAUGGCUUGUUGAGUACUUUUGCGAGUAUGCAAAGUGAGGAAGACGAUCCAGAAAAAUAUGAUUACACCGAUUCUCUGCAAAAUUAUAAUUCAAACGAAGAUGACACUAGUUUAUCUGGAAUUUCUUGUUCUAAAAGAAAACAAAGAAGAUACAGGACAACCUUUACGAAUUAUCAACUAGAAGAAUUGGAGCGAGCUUUUCAUAAAACCCACUAUCCAGAUGUAUUCUUCCGUGAAGAGCUUGCUCUGAGAAUUGAUCUAACCGAAGCUAGAGUUCAAGUUUGGUUCCAAAAUAGGAGAGCGAAGUGGAGAAAACAAGAAAAAAGCUUGAACAAAAACCAAGAGAUGCAAAAUUCAGCUAUUAAUAUUCCCAUAAACCUUCCAGCAUGUCCUACGCCUUUAGAAAGCCCACUACUUAAUUUCACCAAUAAUGAACAAAACAAUACAACAAACGUGUUUUUGGGACUUGAAUGGCCAUUAUCGUUUUCAAAUUCAUUAAACUUGUCGACAAAUAUCGAUCAACCAACAACGAGUGAACAAAAUUGUUCAAUGGAGAAUCAGUUAAAUGAAACAAUGUUGAUCGCAGAUCGAAUAACAAACUCGAUUCAAUCAAAUAUAAUGGAAGAAAACAUUCUUCUCGGGGAUGAGCUAGAAGACAGGAUGGAAGAGAAUUUGACUUUGAUUUCUUCAGCAGAUGAUGAUAUUUCUAUUGAUCCUGAUUUGUUAACUCUGAAGCCAUCUCGAAAUCAGAAUGAAUA